AUGGGACCUUUAUUCUUUACAUUGGUCAUCUACCACCUCAACAAACAAUUUAGAUUUCUUUCCAAUGCAUUGAUUGGUAAUUAUUUUGAACCAGAAAGAGAUAUAGUUUUAAUUACUGGAGGUUCAUCAGGAUUAGGUAAAGAGAUUGCUCUAAAGUUUAUUGAAAAGGAGGGCAAAGUUAUUGUUUUAGAUAUUAAGAUUCCCGAUAAAGAAGAAGAUAAAAUUGAUGGUGUUAUAUAUUAUCAAUGUGAUGUUAGUAAUAGGCUUCAAGUUCUGAUGAUUCAAAAACAAAUUAAAAAAGAGGUUGGAAAAGUUACUAUUUUAAUUAAUAAUGCUGGUAUAACUACAGGAAAGUCUUUAAUUGAUUUAAGUUAUGAAGAAAUUGAAAAGACUAUUCAAAUUAAUUUAUUAUCAAGUUUUUAUACCAUUAAAACUUUUUUACCUGAUAUGAUUAAAAUGAGAAGAGGUUAUAUUGUUACUAUUGGAUCUGUGUUAGGAUAUAUGUCACCUGCUAGAUUAAGUGCUUAUGGAGCAUCAAAAUCAGGAUUAAUUGCCUUACAUGAAUCAUUAACUUAUGAAUUAGGACCACCAUCAUUAAAUCCUACUGGAGUUAAAACUUUAUUAAUAUGUCCUGGUCAAUUAAAAACAAGAAUGUUUCAAGGGGUUAAAACUCCAUCAACUUUAUUAGCUCCUGAACUAGAACCAAAGUAUGUGGCUAGUAAUGUUAUUUCAGCAGUUGAAUUAGGUAGAAGAGGUGAAAUCAGAUUACCAUUUUAUACUAAUUUUAUUCCAGUAUUUCGUGCUUUCCCCUGGCCUAUUGUUGAAGUUGUAAGAGAUCUUAGCGGUAUAGAUAAUAGUAUGAAAUCAUUUAAGAAUACUCUAUCUAAAGUUGCUAGUAAAGCCAGUAGUUCUAUUGCAUCAUUAUCAUCAUUAGAAGGUUCGAAAGUGACAUCAGCAACUUCUAGUUAA